CUCGUCCGGGCAGAUUCUAAUUUAAAUCUCUAUCCCUGUUCUAUCUGUGGUAGAAAUUUUUCUGAAGAUGUCCUGCCAAGGCAUCAAAAUAUUUGUGCUAAGACUGCACAAAAGAAGAGGAAGGUUUUUGACUCAUCCAAGCAGCGUGUGGAGGGCACAGAACUUGCCCAGCUGAAUAAGAAAGCAGUUCAUAGCAAUACCAUGAAAAAAAAAAGUUGGCAAGUGAAGCACGAGGAGUUCAUAAGAACGAUUCGUGAGGCGAGGAAAGUGCAGACCGCCAUCGCAUCUGGAAAGCCCCUGCCACCCCCUCCUCCUCCAACAUUCAAUCCAGAUUACGUGCAGUGUGACUACUGUGGUAGGCGGUUCAAUGAGACGGCUGCAGAGAGGCACAUACAAUUCUGCAAGACCCAACAUGAGAGGGUGCCAAGGGGUAGGGGAGACACCACGGCUGCCCAGAAACAAGCCGUCAGAACUAAUGUAUUAAUUUGUUUUGUUUUUUUUGUUAUUUUUUUUUGUUUAUUAAUUUGUGUUUGUUCUUUCUUUGAUUUGUUUAAUGUUUGUAAUUUUUUUUCUGUCAUUCGUUUGCAUUUACGUUUGUUUACCGUUGUUUUUUCAUAUGCAUUUCCUGUUUCAUUCAUUCUUUCCCUUUUAUCAUUUAUUCAUUUUUUUUUCUUAUACAACCAUUUGUUCAUCUAUCUAUAUUUAUUGUUUAAUUUAUUUUUGUAA